AUGGGGGCUGGGGCCAGCGCUGAGGAGAAGCACUCAAGGGAGCUGGAAAAGAAGCUGAAAGAAGAUGCGGAGAAGGAUGCUCGAACCGUGAAACUGCUGCUUCUGGGUGCCGGUGAGUCUGGGAAGAGCACCAUUGUCAAGCAGAUGAAGAUCAUCCAUCAAGAUGGGUACUCGCUGGAAGAGUGCCUCGAGUUCAUUGCCAUCAUCUAUGGCAAUACGCUGCAGUCUAUCCUGGCCAUAGUGCGUGCCAUGACCACACUGAACAUCCAGUAUGGAGACUCUGCGCGUCAGGACGACGCCCGGAAGCUGAUGCACAUGGCGGACACCAUCGAGGAGGGCACGAUGCCCAAGGAGAUGUCAGACAUCAUCCAGAGGCUGUGGAAGGACUCGGGCAUCCAGGCCUGUUUUGAGCGCGCCUCGGAGUACCAGCUCAACGACUCUGCGGGCUACUACCUCUCGGACCUGGAGCGCCUGGUAACCCCAGGCUACGUGCCCACUGAACAAGACGUGCUGCGCUCGCGUGUCAAGACUACGGGUAUCAUUGAGACACAGUUCUCCUUCAAGGACCUCAACUUCCGAAUGUUUGAUGUGGGCGGGCAGCGCUCGGAGCGCAAGAAGUGGAUCCACUGCUUCGAAGGUGUGACCUGCAUCAUUUUCAUCGCGGCGCUGAGUGCUUACGACAUGGUGCUGGUGGAGGACGAUGAAGUGAACCGCAUGCACGAGAGCCUGCACCUUUUCAACAGCAUCUGCAACCACCGCUACUUCGCUACCACGUCCAUCGUGCUCUUCCUCAACAAGAAGGACGUUUUCUUUGAGAAGAUCAAAAAGGCUCAUCUCAGCAUCUGCUUCCCUGACUAUAACGGGCCUAACACGUAUGAGGACGCCGGUAACUACAUCAAAGUGCAGUUCCUCGAGCUCAACAUGAGACGCGACGUGAAGGAGAUCUAUUCUCACAUGACAUGCGCCACCGACACACAGAACGUCAAGUUUGUCUUUGACGCCGUCACUGACAUCAUCAUCAAGGAGAACCUCAAAGACUGCGGCCUCUUCUGAGGUGGCUCUUCCUCGAGGGCCAGGAUGCUCCCCUGUCGUCGUGCCCCUUAAUCCCAAUACUCCAAGCCCCAUUCCCAGCUUGCCACCCCAUCUCUCAACAGCAGGCGCAUACCCAGCUUUCCAGAGCCACUCUAAUUGCCUGUAGUCUGGCCCCCAACUCCCAGACCCCACUGCUACCAGGCUCCACCCCACUGCCACUGGCCCCUACCCUCUGCUCACAAGCACCACCCAAUCAAUCCCUUUUGACCCCUCCA